UUUUUCUAAUCUAAGCACGGAAAAAGCCGUGCUAAUCCAGCUCGCUGCUCACCUUCCCGUGGCCACAGACCACGAGCGAGGCGCGCGCCGCCCAGCACCUGGCGACACCCUCACAGCCUGUCGCUCGUGGCCUCCCACGCCUGCAACACGCCUGAGAACACAGAAUAUUUAUUCUGUGACUUAUUUUGUAUGUAAGUACGCUCCUGAAAUAGUGAACAAUAUCAAGGGCUGCCCAGGAAACGAUUGCUGCUAAUGUUCAUCUCAUUCCGCUUCUCACCUGUCGUGCUGGUCGCACGCGCCUAAUCCCCGGCAGCUGAUUGGUGCAGACCAGCCAUAAGCGCAUCCCUAUUGGUCAGCCUCUCGUGCUGGGAGGACGAGAUGCGCGCUUUAUGUUCUGAUUAACCAAUCACGGAGUAACUUCCCACCCUCACGUGCCGACCUUCCUGCCGCGUUGUCAGAUACUUUCGCUUCGUGCGAGAGAUUUUCGCCUUGUUUAUCUUGCUGUUGUUGCUUUGCCGUGCCUCCUGUAGAAGGCCUGGACACAUUCUACAGCAGCGUUUGGACGUCAACACAACACAAAGGGCCAGGAAGGAAGGCACUCAUCCUAAAAUAGUAAGUUGUAAAAUUUCGGGAGGUGUGCGUCGUGCGUCUGGCAUCUGGCUGGGCGUAGUGCGCGUGGUUGCGGCGGCGGCGGCAGUGGUGGUGGUGGUGGCGGUAACAUUGCGUCUCUUGAAUGGGGAAGAACACAUGGUGGUCAGUAGCCGGACAGACAAGUCGGUGUGUUCACCAUCUAGUCAACUUGCCCCAUGCUGUGUGCUAGACCGGUAGUCGAUUGAACGUGGUGAACAGUGCGUGGCCGUCCACCGUGAACAUGUACAAGGAUUUAUCUCCACAAACCAAAGAGACAACCAUGGAAGGACCCGAGGACAUGUCCAGACCGCCGCCCUCCCCGCCCAUGUCCCCUAAUGCCCUGCCGCCACACGCCCGCGCCUCCGCCUUCUCUGUGGUCACCCCGCACACCAAGAUGUCCCCGGGCAAAGGAUGUGACAGUCCCCGGAGCGGCUGCGUGGCCUCUAGCGCCCUAGUGCCCCCCAGCGGGUAUCUUGAUAGCGCCUGGCCAUUGGCGCCGGGCCUCCUCUACCCGUACUCUUCGUCCUUCAUGCGCUCUUACGCCUCCGCCGCCACGCUGGGUUCCCUUUGGACCACAGGAUCUCUCAACGGACCACAAAGCAAGCAUUACACUGGUACGUUGCCUCCGUCCCCCGAGAAGCGUGACGAGCCCCUCAACCUGUCCCUGAAGAGCUGCCGUCCUGCCAAGGCUGCCAUAUGGUCACCUGCCUCGGCCCUCGAGCAAGAGGAAAAGGAGGAGUCGCUGCCGUCUCCAACAGGUCGCCUGAGUCCCAUGGAUUCGAGUGACUGCGAGGCCGUGCAGACGACACACGAGGAACCAUGCAGAGACCCACGAGCCGCCGCCCUGGAUCCUCUCAGCCUCCGUCUUGGUCUCCGCCAGUAUGCCGACUUCGUAGUGAAUUUGCAGGGCCUGGCGACCCGCGACAAAGAGAGUGAGGGAGCUCCUGUGAGCAGGGACGAGAAAUUCUCGUCUCCCUGGUGUGCAGGCGUGUGGCCUUGGGCGCCCGUCUACCGAGGCAACGAAAUGUUCAACUGCCAGCAGUGCACCAAGACCUUCAACUCCCCGGUCAGCCUCGACAUCCACGUGAGGCGGGCACACUCCCCAGCGACUAAGCCCUGCGACCCUUAUCCGGCAGACAACGAUAAGGGCGCCACGCACCCUCCUUCCUUCACCACUGUCUCCACCACCAGGACCGAGAAAACGUUUCAGUGCAAGCAGUGCGGCAAGUGCUUCAAGAGGUCCUCCACGCUGUCCACCCAUCUGCUCAUCCACUCGGACACGCGGCCCUACCCCUGCCAGUACUGCGGCAAGCGAUUCCACCAGAAGUCAGAUAUGAAGAAGCACACCUACAUACACACAGGUGAGAAGCCCCACAAGUGUGUGGUGUGCGGCAAGGCGUUCAGUCAGUCCUCCAACCUCAUCACUCACAUGAGGAAGCACACUGGAUACAAACCCUUCGCCUGCGGCCUCUGCGAGAAAGCUUUCCAACGGAAAGUCGACCUUCGCCGACACCGCGAAUCGGUCCACCCAAACUGCGACCACAUCCCGCCGCCUCCUCCGCAGCCCUUCCCUGUCCUCGAAGACUCGGAAAACAACAACAACAAUAUCAACGGUACCAGUAAUGAUAAUAACAACAAUAACAACAAUAACGACAGUCUAAGCAACAACAACUCCCCUGAGGACUCCGAGACGCCCCCUCAGACGGCAAACACCAUCCUGUGAGGCCCGCCGCCGCCUUGUCUCGGCAUCCUCCAGCGAGUCUCCAGCCUCGUCCAUGAUCUCUUUGUGAGGACUUUCUGUUGCUGUAACUAGCAAACCAAUGCGCUGUUAUCACCAGUACAUGAUUAAUCUAAGUCUGCCAGUGUCCGGCGCCACACAGCUCGCCGCCCCUUGAGGCUUGCGGUGCAUACCGCUGGGAUGUGACUUUCAGAGGGGAAGGAGGAGGAGAAGCUGAAUUCGUGUAUUCUACACCGCAUCCGCAGACUGUGGACACAUGUGUGAGGCAGCCCAGUGUGAGGAAGAGGCUUCAGCUCGGAGAAAGCGAGUCUCCGCGAGUUGACGUUCUCAAGAUUCAAGUGAAAAGUCUCCUCGCACUGCACUUCCUGCACAAUAUCUCUCUCUCUUUUUUUUUUUCUUUUUUUUUUUUUUUUUUACUGAUCCGAAACAUAUUUUGGAUUCUUUCAUUAAUUUUCAAAGGACAUUUUUUUUUUUUUUUUCAAAUAUAGAGGCUGAAGAGGUAUUAGAAAUUGCCAGCUGUCUAAAGUGGCAGGCGGCGCCUCCCUCUUGCUGAGCUGUCCUGAGUUGCCUCAGUCGUCGCUGAAGACAGCCCUGCCAAGACAUGGUGAGCAGCACACAGUCUCGUAGUCCUGUCAAUACCCAGUGCACGAGAGCGGUGCCUCGCGAGGAACCCAAGUGGCGGAGCACCACUCAGCGCCCCACGAGAAGCAUGAUGUCCGGCGUGUGGGAAGCGUAGACUCGUGCUUCCCUUGAGUGAACUCCCGGAAACUGAAGCAUUGCAGUUGUCAGCGACGUUGCCUUGAGGCAAUGACAACAGUGGGGGAAACUACGGCAAGAUGAGCCAUGUUUCCUGAGGGCGGCGGCCAUCAGCAGGCCAGGCGACGCAUGCCCAGACGGCACGGCAGGCUGGGCUUCAUGACGGGCGUGUUCAAGGCGGGAAUGCUGCUGCCCGAGCCCAGCCCAGGCGCGGCGCCGCCAGCACCGCCAUAGUCAUGGUGUUAGUCAGUCUGAAGUACAAACACUUCAGUAUUAACGUGAAAAAAAAAAGAGAAAAGAAAGAAUAAAUAAGUAAAUAAAUGGUCCAAUUCGGCAUUCGGCAAUCGUUAGAAAUUUGCCUGGCCUGUGUGUGUGUGUGUGUGUGUGUGUGUGUGUGUGUGUGUGUGUGUGUGUGUGUGUGUGUGUGUGUGUGUGUGUGUGUGUGUGUGUGUGUGUGUGCGCGCGCGUGCGUGCGUGCGUGCGUGCGUGCUUGCGUGGGUGCGUGCGUGCGUGCAUCAGCCUAGGAGAGGAGCGCGCUGGCCGCCGCACGCGGGGCUCGUUCCUUAGUUCCUCGUCACACAGUAAGGGACUAGUCAGUUAGCAUCAAACCAAAGUAAAUUUAAGUCAGUCCUAUUUAUGGUGUUGAAGUAGUGACCGUGAGGUGUAAGUAAUGGUUAGGUUACUGUAAUGUUCUUUUAAUAAUUCGAUGUUUUUUUUUUUUCCCUUCUUUCUUCCCCCCCCCCCCCACACUCGGGUAGGAGGCUUGUGGAGGCCGUGACGAGCAGGCGGGGGCGCGGCGUGCAGCUCGCGUCCCCUGCCCUCCAUUGUAAUAGUGUAACAUGCACCUGUACGUAUUCCGUCCUGUAAAAUUCCACUAACUGUUAGGAAUAUUGAAUGCAGCAUAAGUUUGGUUAUAAAAGAUGUUGAUGUAAUGAAGUAAUAUAUUUUGUACAUACCUGAUGCACGGAGAUGAUAUAGUUGGCGUUCACGCUGUGCCUUUAUAGUCCAUGUGGCAUCGAGCCCAAGUACACCGUCCCUCUCCCUUUCAUCGGUGUGUAGGGUCCGAGUGGCGGCUGCCGGUCUGUGGGUCGCGGCACCCACACAUUAGCACCUUCACGACCCACAGACCCGCCUAUCUCCGCCAGCGCCUCCCAACACAUUUAAUUUUAUCACGCCACCUCAUGCAUCAAGCUAUUCCUGCCAGAAGUGUCUCGUUUUACUCCCGUUGGUGUUUAUUUCUCGUGUAAGCUGACCUACAGUGUUGAGAGUCGCAAACCUGCGGGAUUGGCAUUGGUGUUAGUGAACCCCGCCUCCCGCCGCCGUCAGACAGAUAUAUGACUAUUACCCCCUUCACCUCUUCGCUGCAAAUACCGUGCGCUGCUCUUGUCUUGUUGACCCCAUGUUCCCCCACCUCCCCCUCACUUCCCGCGCCGCACCGCCUCCCGCAUGCUGCUGCUCCCCGGAACCCUUGGCCGGUGGUCACUCAAUUGGUUCAUAAUUCGUAGGUGACUUAAGGAUGCCAAAGAUUUAACUCAUCUGUUUGCUGUUAUGUACUACUUGAAACAUCGAUUUCCCGGUAAUUAUAGAUGAAAUCACUAGCAAAUAAUUUUUAGUCAUUUAAACGCGGGAACCUGAACAGUGUUGUAGAAACAAUGAGAGGUGGAGGACGCACCGCCCUAGCUGAAAGUGUGUCCGCGGUGCCGAGGGUGUCGGCGGCCACGGUGCUGAAGUGGUCUUGUUUGCGUAACAAAGCAUUUCUCGCACCAGUCGCCGCGGAUGAGCGAGGGCAGAGAGGGAGUGGGACAGCUAGAACAACCAAAGAUUGCCUCGUCCCGUGAACCCAGCCACCCUGCGACGCCGCGACCCAGCACCUCGCGGGGUGGCUGUGCUCGCCGGGCUUCACUCUGCUAGGCCCAGUGCGCGUACUUAUUAUAGUUCUCCUGUCAGUAAUGUGUGUCGCGGGGAGCCUCGCUUCAGCCAUGGCGCCUCCCGUCAUCCGUUCAGCUAAGGAUUUACCUCCCGAGUCCCCUCCAACCCGCCCGCCGCCCCUUUUUGUCCCCCGCUUGCCCCUCGUUCCCGGCCCCCAUCAGCUCUCCUGCCCCUCCACUCUUCUCUCCUCGCGGACCACACAUCGGAAGGAAAUAAUAAAACAAGGAGAUGAACUUAUUGUUGGGAUAUAGUCAUAUAUAGAGAUGUACUUUAAUGUAUUCUUAGGUGUAAUGAAAUAAAGUAUCUCAAGUUUGUAGA